AAUAAGCAUUGAGGCCUAAGCAUUUCUCCUCCACAACCGUUUUCCUUGCAUUAUUGUAUUGUUUUCGCAAUUGAUAGAAGAAAAAUGGCUCUCUCUGGUAAGAUGGAGGUUGAUGUAGAAAUCAAAACUUCCGCUGACAAGUUCCAUGAUGUAAUGGGCGGCAGACCACACCACACCGCCAUUGCUUCACCUCAAAAUAUACAAACAUGUGAUUUACAUGAAGGUGAAUUUGGAAAAAAGGGCUCCGUUCUCCGCUGGAAUUAUGUCCAUGAUGGGAAAGUUAAGGUUGCAAAGGAGCUCGUGGAAGACAUAGAUCAUGUGAACAUGUCCACUACCUUCAAAGUGAUUGAAGGAGAUAUACUGAAGGAGUACAAAAGUUUCAAAUUUGUUGUUCAGGCUACACCUAAGGGCGAUGGAAGCACUGUGCGUUGGAUCCUCGAAUACGAGAAGCUGAAUGCAAAUAUUCCUGAGCCGACUUCCUUGCUUGAAUUUUUAGUUAAUGUCACCAAAGAUAUUGAUGCCCACCUUGCCCAAACUUAGACUCCACUCUCUUUCAGAAUCAAUAAAACUUUGUGUGGAUGUCCACCUGCGUGCAUAUAUAUGCAAUAAUCACCACCGAACAUAUGUAAGUUUUGUGGAAGUAUUAUUCGUUUACUAUUAUGUGUAACGAUGUAAUAAACAAACAUCCACUUUAUGCAAAUGGUCUUAUCUAUUAAUAAUUAAAUUUUGGCUCUAA